AUGACUGAGAGACCAACGAUGACUGCUCUUGACUGGCUGGCUCUAGCCAAGGCCUUGGCCAUAACAACUGCUACCCUUUUCGCGUCUUCAGGCAAUGUCUCCAACAACGGUGGAAGUGGUGGUUAUGCUAGCAUGGCUGCGCCGGCCCAUAUGGAGCUUAUCUGGGACGUUAUCCAGAUCGCCCAGUCUAAGAACCAGAAAAUGAAUGUUGCCCCAGCCGCUGCAUAUCCAACUCAGCUAAAGCACGCUAUUGCUGCCGUUAAUUUCCUCAUCAACGUUGAAAAUGUCCCCUUAUCUCGAAUCAUUCUAGGUGGUGACUCGGCCGGCGGAAAUCUUGCCCUCGCACUUCUCUCUCAUAUGUCUCAUCCGAUUACCCCAUUGGCCCCUGUUGAAGGUAAAGGGUCCUUCAAAGGCGUCCUUCUCAUGUCUCCGUGGGUGACGUUUGACCAGACCGCCCCCACAAUGACGUCCAAUAUCGGUAGGGACGUACUCGAUCGACGCACGCUCACAAUCUGGUGGGACAACUUCCUCGGCGGCUCUGAAGCGGACAAGUAUAACACCCCCGCCUUGGUAGAUGCAGACUGGUGGCAGGGAAUAGCCGCCUCUAAGAUUUGUGUUCUUGCUGGCGCCGAUGAGAUUUUUGUUGAUGACAUUCGUGAAUUUGUGAGCAAGUUGAGGGUAAGAAGCGCGGCCGGCUCACUCUCGACAUUUGGUGACUAUGCUAACGCUGAGAACAGAAGCAUAACGAAGGGAGAUUAA